UGAGCAGAACCGGGGCGUGGCCAAGCGGACUAGAUCAAGAGAAUUGGCAAAGCUGGAGCUGGAUUUCCAACUGGAGGCGCCACCCGGCCGCCGCUGCUGGACUAUCACACACCCCGCGAGGCGCGGGAGGCCGGGGGACGAAUCUAGGCGGCGAGGUCCACUGUUCAGCCUGGAAAGGAUUGUGUGCAUCAGGGGAAGGGAAGCUGUGCUCAUCGCUGUGAGUAGAACCUUGGAGAACAACACAAGUAUGCAGGUGCCAUCAGAGACCAGAAAAGUACAUUGGAUCCUCUGGAGCUAAAACUGAGGUGGUUGUGAGCCACCUGAGGGCCUCGUCUCUGGAUCAAGCUAUGGUGAAAGAUGUUUCGAAAAGGCAAGAAGCGACACAGCAGCAGCAGUUCCCAGAGCAGUGAAGUCAGCACGAAGAGCAAGUCUGUGGAUUCCAGCCUUGGGGGGCUUUCAAGAUCCAGCACCGUUGCCAGCCUCGAUACUGAUUCCACCAAAAGCUCAGGUCAAAGCAACAAUUUAGACACGUGUGCUGAGUUUCGAAUAAAGUAUGUUGGUGCCAUUGAGAAACUGGACCUGUCUCAGGGGAAGAGUCUCCAAGGACCACUAGACCUGAUAAAUUAUAUAGAUGUCGCCCAGCAAGAUGGAAAGUUGCCUUUUGUUCCCCUGGAGGAGGAGUUUAUUCUGGGCGUUUCCAAGUACGGCAUAAAAGUCUCAACCACAGAUCAGCAUGGCGUUCUGCAUAGGCAUGCCCUGUAUCUGAUCAUCCGGAUGGUGUGCUAUGACGAUGGCUUGGGAGCAGGCAAGAGCUUGCUGGCACUCAAGACCACAGAUGCAAGCAAUGAAGAAUACAGCCUGUGGGUUUACCAAUGUAACAGCCUGGAGCAAGCGCAAGCAAUCUGCAAGGUCUUAUCCACAGCGUUUGACUCCGUGUUGACAUCUGACAAGUCCUGAACUCUGCAGUCAAGUGGAAACUGAGAACUUACCUGGUCCUCUGUCUUUCUGUUUUCCAUUUGCAGCUGUGAACUAUUAGAGGGAGUGAGCCCCUCCUCCACCUCCUCCCCAGUUUUUUAAAGAAAAGUAAUGUGUAAAAUAUUGGUUGUUAAUAAAAGAGGCUAACAGUG